AUGCAAACACUGGCUCUGGAAUUCAACCCACAUCGUCAGGCAGCGAGAAAACUCAUGAUAAAGGUGCUGACUCUGGAUGUGAAUCCACAUCAGACCGCAAGAAAUGUCACUAUAGGAAAGCUCAUGCUACAUGCGGCGAGCAAACUUAUGGUACAGUUGCCUGGCGCCGGGUCUGGAAGCGAAGACACUCCAUCAGGCGGCGAGGAAACUCAUGAUGCAGACACCGGCUCCGGAGUUCAACCCACAUCGUCAGGCGGUGCAAUAACUCAUGAUAAAGGUGCUGACUCUGGAUGUGAAUCCACAUCAUCAGACUGCAAGAAAUGUUACGACAGGAAAGUUCAUGCUACAAGCGGCGAGCAAACUUAUGGUACAAGCACCGGGUCUAAAAGUCAACCCACUUCACCAGGCGGUACUCCUACCUCACCUCAUCUGACUUGGGUGGAUCAAACUUAUGAUACAGGCGCUGGCUCUGGAAGCCAGCCCACUUCAUCAGGCGGUGGUAGGAAUACCUCAACUUAUCCGACUCUAAGUUCGGCGCUAUCCAGCAUGUCGAGCGGAUAUAUUCCAGCGCCAGCGCCAAACCCAGAACAAGCUCCAUGGCUUUUUACCAGAACUGGGGCCGGCACUCAAAUAUGUUCCUUAUACUCUCAGGCAUUCACACAAGCGGGACCUCGAUUCGAAUCUGCCGGUACAGCCCCCAGACCUGGCUCAAGUUCGCCAACGCAACCAAGCUUGUACUCUAUUCAGCGCCCGGCUGUACCAAAGGAUUUUUAUAGUUUCAAUAACACUCAUAUGGGAAAGGAAGAAUCCGAGGCACACCGAUCACAAGGAAUGACUCCGCAACAGACUGCGCAAACUCAACAGAGACCGGAAACCCAGCUGACAACAGAAACACCACUGACACCGGCGCAAACCCAAGAGACAACACAAACUCAACAGACCCCAGUACAAGUGCAACAGACACCGGUGCAGACUCAACAGACACUGGUGCAGACUCAACAGACAUCGGCGCAAACGCAACAGGCAACACAAACUCAACAGACCCCAGCACAUGUGCAAAAAUCACCAGCGCAGACUCAACAGGCACUAGUGCAAACACAGCAGGCAACACAAACUCAACAGACACCAGCGCAAGCACAACAGAUAACUCAGGGAGUCCCUGGUAAUUGUACUUCUAACGCCCAGCAUAAUACAGGGAGGAUACCCAACAGGUUUUCCCGGUUUUUCUCUAAAACCAAACAAAAAUUCAAAAAACUUGGGAGAAGUAAUAAGGGGUGA